UCUGCUACCUGAAACAAAUUGCUUCACCCAGAGGCUAACUUCUAAUUACGCCACUGUUAAGAGAGCUGCGGGCAUUUCCCUCCCUGGUAGGCAAGACAGAAGCCGUUCCAACUCCCAACUAAAUCACUGCAUCUCCGAGCAGGCGGAGGGCAACAGCACAGCAGAAGAUUGCGCGGCGGGUUCACACCCCCUUCCACCUCUUACAGCAAGCAGAAAUCCAACAGGUGCAGCUCUGCCAUCCCUUCUCCCGCGGUGCUGGCGGAGGGGGAAGCUGUCCCGCCUGAAUCUCUGCCCGUCCUAAGGAAAUUGGCAUAUACAAACAAACAGACAAAGAAACAAAGGGACAAGGAGCAACCAGGUCGUGUCCGGGACCGGCAGCUCUCCAAGGGGUUCAGAUCCUUGGAGUGGCCACACCCUUCUGCUAGAAGCAGGGCUUGGAGGAGGAGGCCGGACUAGAGCCCGCGGCCCCCUCUGGUGAAGGCGGGCCUGCAACCCCGGACCCAUCGGGAUGCACCACUCUGCGCCCUCGCAUGCGGGGCUGGGCAGGAGGCGGUGGCAAACGCCGCCAAUUUAAGGACCACGAUGCGCCCUCGGCCUCGGCGCCUCCUUCAUCCUCUCGGGCGGCGACGGCAGCCCGCGAUGGAGCCCCCGGAGCCGGGCUUGUUGUGUCGGCUGCGGAGCCGGCUUGCGCGCCGUGCGCCCUGGCUGCGCCACGGCUUCUCCAGCCCCAGGGCGCCGGGGCCGAAGCGGCGUCUGCUGGCGGCCGGGCUGUCCUGCUGCACCGUGCUGGCCUUGUACGCCGCCAGCAGCCCGCGGGACCUGCCGCCCGUGUGGGGCCGCGGCAACGACGAGGGCGACGAGCCGGUGACGGUCCUCAUGUGGUGGGAGCCCUUCGGGGAGAGCCAGCGCUUGGGCGGCUGCCAGCGCCGCUUCGGCAUCCGCGCCUGCAACGUCACCACCGACAGGGGGCGCCAGCUGGAGGCGCAGGCUGUCGUCUUCCACCACAGGAACCUCAUCACCAGCGGCCUCAGGCACCUGCCCCGGGUUAGACCCCCUGGGCAGCGCUGGGUGUGGAUGAACUUAGAGUCACCCACACAUACCCAAAGCCUCCAGGACCGGGCGGGCAUCUUCAACUGGACCAUGUCCUACAGGGUGGACUCAGACAUCUUCGUACCCUACGGGUACCUCCGCCCCAGCCAGACCCCCGCCCCGCACCUCUCCAUGCCCAGGAAGACCAAGCUGGUGGCCUGGGUCAUCAGCAACUGGAACGAAGGGCAGGCCCGCGUCCGCUACUACCGCCAGCUGAUGGACCACCUCCCCAUCGACGUCUACGGUGCCCACGGCCUAGAGCUGAAGGACAACAGUGUGCUCAAGACCGUCUCUGAGUACAAGUUCUACUUGGCCUUUGAGAACUCCCAACAUCCCGACUACAUCACUGAGAAGCUCUGGAGGAACGCCUUCACGUCCUGGGCAGUGCCCGUCGUGCUUGGCCCCGCCAGGUCCAACUACGAGCUUUUCAUCCCCUCCGAUUCUUUCAUCCAUAUCGACGACUUUCCCGGUCCCAGGCAGCUGGCCCUUUACCUGAAAUUCCUAGAUAAAAACAAGAGCCGCUACCAGAGCUAUUUUGCCUGGAGGAAGCGGUACGACGUGCACGUGACGUCCUUCUGGGAGGAACACAGCUGCAGGGUUUGCGACGCAGUCAGGACUGCGGGCAAGCAAGCCAAGACCAUCCAGAAUCUAGCCACCUGGUUUGAGAGUUGACCCCCGUGUGGGGUUAGCUGGGGUUUCUUCUUGGUGUAAUUAAGGGCAGUAUGUGACGGGACAACAAGGGCCUGGGUUGGCGGGUUCUUGUACAGAUAUCUACACCAAAAAAGGUAUAUCCUUGGAGUUUUGUCUAAAGCAGGCGUCCCCAAACUGUGGCCCUCCAGAUGUUUUAGCCUACAACUCCCAUGAUUCCUAGCUAACAGGACCAGUGGUCGGGGAAGAUGGGAAUUGUAGUCCAAAACAUCUGGAUGGGGAUGUUUGGGGAUGCCUGGUCUAAAGGCAAAUGUGCAAGUUUGGGUUGCUUGCCUCAUGGAGAGUUGGAAAGGAUGUUGGGUCUUUUCAGUGCUGAUUUCAUUAAGUACCCAUGGCAGGGUUUAGAUAGGAGACCAGCAUUUUAAUGAUUCUGUGUGUAAUUCCCCCGGUACUUUGAAAGCUAGCACUUCAGUUCUUGCUGAUGUACUAUAAUUUUUUAAUUAUAGUUAUAGUUAUCGGUAAAUGCAAUUCCUCUGUCUACACACACACCUGAAUUGCAAAACGUAAUAGCCCCAGAAAGACUCUGCCAAAUAAUUUUGCCAAACAUAUAGCUCAACAGUGAUUUUUCAGGGUGUUUUUGAGGUGGUGACUUCUCACAAGUGGACUUGUGGCAUGAUGAUGCCUGAUCUUGAGCAUGGCCAGCCAGUUGGGGAUGGUGACUUGCCAGCUCCAGGCUCUGCCAAUAUUUUUAAGCUUUUCCAUUUCGCCGUGACCCAUGAUGGCCGAUCACUGAUUGAUGGUUCCAGGAGCCUAACCAUCGUGACUAAAUUCCCUGGUAAUGUCAGAAUGUAAUCUCACAAUGUAUGCACGGCAGGUAAAUGAUUGCAUAACCAAAGACCAGUGAUACUAUCUUACCUGUUACCAAAUGGUAAUUGCAGAUUCAGGACAUUGAAAUAUUUGACCUUACCGUACUACCUUGGAGAGAAGUGGGCAAGCUUAUGGGGGGGGGGACCAGCUUAUCCACUACUACAGAUCUUCUACAGUAUGACAACACAGUAUGUGUGUGUUCAGGCACACACUUAUGGUGAAGUUACAGGUAGGUAGCCGUGUUGGUCUGAGUUGAAACAAAAUAAAAAAAUUCCUUCAGUAGCACCUUAAAGACCAACUAAGUUUUUAUUUUGGUAUGAGCUUUCGUGUGCAUGCACACUUAUGGUGAAGACAGACAUCAUAAUACAGAAAUCUCACCUGACUUUUCAACUUUCCGAUACCUGUGAAUCAAACACUGGCUGAGCCAUCAGCCUUCCCCAGCCCCCCAUUGCCAAGUUUUUGGAGGACUACGUUUUGAAUUUAAAAUAUUAAGUGCCAAAUUCAUGUUUCUGUGUUCAUCCAUUAUAUAUAUAUUAAUGCUCUGAAAUGAGAGAAGUGUAUUGCACCACAGUGUGCAUGGGCGUACCCAGGAUCAAAGCUAGGGGGGCACACCAGCCAUGCCCCCAGCCACGCCCCCAGCCACCUGAUUGGCUAGCUGACAUGGCCAGGAUCCCCCAGGAGGCAUGGUCAACAUCCACGCCCCCCAGAGGAAAGGGGGCCAUUUGCAAGGCAGCACACAGAGCCACCCGCGCUUGCACUCCUGCCUUGCCCGCUCCUUUAAUGGCAGCAGUGACUAAAACAAGGCAGCAGCAGCAAAGCUACCUCCGUUGAAGGAAACCUGGACCUGGACCUGGGCUAACUUCAGC